CCAAUCCCAACACCCAGGAUGGGGUCGUUCCCUGUCGGCGGGGGAAUCGCACCCGAAAACGCACUCGAUGCUCUGCUAGACGAGUUAAAGACAUUUUCAAAGCCAAUUGCCCAACAACAACAGCAGCAGCAGCAGUUGCAGCAGCAACAACAAAUGCAGCAACAGCAGCAACAACAACAACAAAAGCCACCAUUUGAGGUACGCCCUGAAGAUUCGACAUCUGAUGAAAGUGCUCAGGCAGCGAUACAGAGCACCGUCACCACGCAAAUAUCUCAGGCACGCCUGCUGACAGAGGCGAACGUCGUCAAUAUGCAACAGGCGACCACCAACAGCAUGGUCAUGGCCGUUUCUAGCGGGGCAACAACGCAUUUGUCGCGUGGUGCAUUGACCCAUCAGCAGUCGCAACAGCAGCUGAUGGUGCAUACCAACAUAGGAAGCUUGCGACGCCUGCAUUCAUUUCCCAGCGAAUCUGACAACGAGCUUCCACCCCCACUCGCUAACGGUGGAGGUGGUGGUGGUGGUGGCGGCGGCGGUGGUGUUGGUGUUGGUGGUGUCAACGUCAGCAGCAACAACAAUAAACCACCAGUGCCCGAACGCAAUGCCGAUUUGAUAACAAGAGUAGGUCACAAGCGCAUACCGCCACCACCGCCGCCGCGUACCAGCUCACGUAGUCCACUGGCCAGUCCGACAAGCCCGAAUAUGCCACAAAACAUAGCCGCUGCCACAGCCGGUGCUGCUACCGCCGCCGCUGCCAACAUGGUUGACAAUAAUAUGAUGAGCAUCGAGACUAUCGUCAUCGGUAGUGGUGACACUUCAAGCGGCGACAACUCCAGUGGCAAUGAGUCUGGCAACGAUCACGCGCAGCGGCAGGUGGCACUUGAGAUGCGCCACCAGGAGUUAUUGAAGAAACAAAAGCUAUUGCAGGAGCAAUACCAACGCUUACAGCAAAUGAGCAAGAUACCUUCGGUUGACAUAUCCGGGCCCCCGCAUCCCGGCAACGAAUCGAAUAUACAGCAGAAAAUAGCCGCAAUCAAUUUGUUGGCCUGUGAAUCCAUGGGCAGUGAUCCGGCUGCAGCAGCGGCGGCGGCAGGAGCUGCUGAGAAUGCAGCGGGUACAAAUGGUGUAUUGAACAGUGAUGCUACGGGUGGUGUGGUUGGCGGCGUUGUUGGUGGUGGUACAAAUGCAGGAGCUGCUGCUACUGCUACUGCUGCUGUUGCUGCUGCUGCAAACACCGCAAUGACCACCAAACAGGUGUACGAGACGGAGAUCCUCUAACACAAUUGGAAAUUGGCGUGGAGCGAAACGAAAAUUGAUAUUUAACUGUAGCAUCUUCUCUGUCAUAUGCAUGAAUUUCAGCUCUGAUCUGUAUUACACUCUUUCUCUUUUCAAUCCUUCUCUCUCUCUCUCUCUCUCUCUCUCUCUCUCUCUCUUUCUCACACACUCUAUAUGUCAUCCUCGCCCAACACAGACAUCAGACGAAUUACAUACGAAGACUAAAAGCCUUCGGCUCUGUAGCACUUGAAUAAUAGGAUUGUUAAGAAUGUUAAGCAACUAAGACGUACUCCCAUACGUGUUAAAUCUAAAUGUCUUAUAUAUAUUCCAUAAUACGUU